GCCCCGCCCGCCGCCAUGGCCUGUCGCCCCUAUCUGCCCUAUGUGCUAGCCAUCGUGGCACUUUUGUUGGGCGUUGCACUGAUUCUCUUUGCCAUUUGCAUGGAGCGCCCUCAAGAGCCGAGCAAUAAAUUGAAAACCGAAAAAAAGUCAACUGAGCAGCUUGGAAAUUUCUUUAGCGAUCAGCCGGAGGCUGUGCUGCCCCUCGGCAGCGGCUUGGACGGUUCCGUUGCUGGCGAUGUGCAAGAUUUAGUGGCCAAAGCGUUUUUUUUGGUUGGCACCACAACAACUACAACAACAACAACAUUGAGCCCAAUGUCGCCAACCGUAAAACAAGCUACUUCCCGGUCGCAGCUCGAUCUGAACAGAAUGGAAAUGGAGCAUUCUACGACCACAACUGAGGAGACGACGGCCUGGAAAACGCUGACCUCGCAUCCGAAUUCGCUGGUGCAAUUGCUGCCGUCCCGCGCCAUGCGGGUGGUGCAGGAGGUGGUGCGAUCACUACGGAAGGAACGCGAAAUCGUGGCCAGCACCACGUUGGGCAAGGUGCGCGGUCGCUAUCAGAAGUAUCGCUCGGGCGAGAGAGGGGGCUACUAUAGUUUCAAGGGCAUGCGAUAUGGCGCGGCGCCAAUCGGUGCUAGAAGAUUCCGCGCUGCGCUGCCGGAGAAGCCGUGGAGUGGUGUGAGAGAUGCCUCGAGAGAGGGUCAAAGUUGUCCGCACAAGAACAUGAUACUGGACACCUUUAAGGGCGAUGAAGAUUGCCUUUUUCUGAACGUGUUCACCACGCGCAUGCCCAAGGAGGAUGACGCGCAGCCAAAGCUGCCUGUGAUGGUGUGGUUGCAUGGCGGCGGCUUCUCCUUUGGCUCCGGCAACUCUUUUCUUUACGGGCCUGACUAUUUGGUAGCUGAGGAUGUCGUGCUGGUUACUCUGAACUACAGACUGGGUCCCUUGGGCUUCCUGACGGCUGGACCCGAUGCGCCUGGCAACCAGGGACUAAAGGAUCAGGUGUUGGCACUGCAAUGGGUUCGCGACAACAUAGCUGCUUUUGGCGGUGAUCCAGAGCAGGUGACAGUCUUUGGUGAGUCCGCGGGGGCAUCUUCAGUGCAGCUGUUGCUCCUCUCGCCACUGGCCAAGGGUCUUUUUCAACGCGCCAUCUCGCAGAGCGGCUCUGCUCUGAAUCCCUGGUCAAUGGCAGCCAGCUCAGGACAGCGAGCGGCACGGCUAGCGGCCAAUCUCGGUUAUGUGGGUGCCAACAAUACAGAGGAGAUUUUGGACUUUCUGCGCAGAGUGCCCGCCAUGAAGCUGGUGGAGGCAGCGCCCACAACUCUCACCGCGGAGGAUCAGCGCAACAACAUUGGGCUGCCGUUUGUGCCCGUCGUGGAGGGAUAUUGGAAUCAGGAUUCACAGGAGGAGUUGUACCUUGAACAACCCUUUCUCACUGAACAUCCCAGCGAUAUGUACCAGGCGCACAAUUUCAACAGCGAUGUGCCCUACAUGACGGGCUAUAACACACAUGAAGCUAUGCUUUUUAUAAGAAGACUGCGCAAGAAUCCACAGCUUUUGAGUAUUAUUGAGAAUGACUUUGGGCGGCUCGUGCCACAGGAUCUUAAUGUAACCCAAUCCCAUGAUAGAGUUACCCGUGAGAUACGCUCCUUUUAUCUGGGCAACAAGCAUGUUGGGCUCGAGUCUGUGGAUGAAAUGAUAGCACUCUUAACAGAUCUCAUGUUCCUGCAAGGUAUCCGUCGCACUGCUCGCAACCAUGCCAAGUAUGGUAAUGCUCCUGUCUACAUGUAUCGCUUCUCCUUCGAUGGAGCUCUAGGUCUGUACAAGCGCAUGCUGGGUAUUCCCAGGCCGGGUGUUUGCCACGGCGAUGAGAUGGGCUACUUGUUCAAGUUUGGAUUCUUCAACCUAAGUCUGGAUCCGAAGUCCAUGGAAGUGCAAGUCAAGAACCGCAUGGUGCGAAUGUGGACGAACUUUGCCAAAUAUGGAACGCCCACGCCCAAUUUUGAAGAUCCUAUCCUGACAGCCAAAUGGGCACCUAUCGAUGCCACAAACGUUAUGAAUAGUCUGAACUAUUUGGACAUUUCACACGAACUCAAUAUGAAAACGAAUCCCGAGCCGGAGCGACAGCGAUUCUGGGAUGAAAUGUAUCAGCAUUACAAUGGUGCGGCUAUGUAGUGCUCCAGGCCCAGAGCCACAUAUAUAUAUAUAUAGGCAUCACCAAGCGCAUUGCUCACCCAACCACACCCACACACUUACAUACACAUAUACACAUUUUGUAAACAUUUUGCCAUUUGUGAAAGAGUGAGCAGAAAAAAUAUUUAAUGCAAAUUUCAUUGUAAAAUUAUCGUAGAUUGUAGUAGUAGUCAGUAGAUAUACAUAUAAUAUUUUUAGCAGUUAGUUUGUCUAUAAGUGUUGCAGCAUUUAUACACUAUUACACAAGCAUACACACCCCCACAUGCUCAUAUCAAUACACACAAGACACACAAACACGUAGCUUAAGCAUUCUACAUAUAGCAUACCCAAAGCCAGCAAACUUUUCCUUACUUCAUGCAAUAUCAGGUGUAAAUAGUCAAAGUUUAAAGUUAUUCAAUGUCAAUUUUAAAUGCUGGACACAUCAAUGCCCAUCAAUCUAUCGAGGUGUAUUCGGAAACAUUCUGAAACACGUUUUGUAUAUCGUUUGUAAAAUAAAUCACAGUGUCUUUGAAAAAA